AUGUUGGUAGAACCCAGAGAACUGGUAAGAGACGAAAGUAUUGAUUAUGUCUAUUUCCAGAAAGAGCACCUCGAUCAGGUGAAUCAGUUACUGAAGCGUGCCUUUUGGGAUGGCAUUGAUGUUUCCGAAUCUCUCCUGUUUCCAGAAUACAGCAUUGUUUGUCUUUAUAAACGAAGGGUGAUCGGUUGCGCAUUUAUGACUCCAGAAGCAUACGUUACUUAUAUUGCGGUUGAUCCUGGAUGGGGAAACGCUGGUAUUGGACAGUUUAUGCUUUACCACUUGUUCCAGACAGCAAUCAGUAAAGAUGUCACACUACAUGUGUCAGCGAAUAAUACAGCCAUGCUUCUCUAUCAAAAGUUUGGUUUUAAGCCUGAAGAGUUUAUAGUCAACUUUUAUGACAAGUAUUUACCAGCAAACAGCCUAUAUAGCAAGAAUGCUUUUUAUCUUAGGCUAAGAAGAUGA